CUCCGAGACGUCAGAAACAGCGGCUCCUCAUCCCAGAUUUCAGAGGCUAAUUAAAUAUAACUCACUGUCCGGCGGUCACUCAGGUACAUUUUCCAGCUCAAGUCUCCAUUCAGAAAGUGAAGUGUCGAUACAAAGGUCUGCAUCAUGACUGAGUCACAGCAGGUCAGCGCCCUGCCUCCACCGCCUAUGCAGUACAUCAAAGAGUACACGGAUGAAAAUAUCCGCAAAGGUCUGGCCCCGAAGCCGCCCGCACCAAUCAGAGACAGUUACAUGAUGUUUGGCAACCAGUUCCAGUGUGACGACCUCAUCAUCCGUCCUCUGGAGAGCCAGGGCAUCGAGAGACUCCAUCCUGUACAGUUUGACCACAAACGAGAACUGAAGAAACUAAACAUGUCCAUUCUUGUGAACUUUCUGGACCUGCUGGACAUCCUCAUCAAGAGUCCCGGCAGUAUAAAGCGUGAAGAAAAGCUGGAGGACAUAAAGCUUUUGUUUGUUCACAUGCAUCAUCUGAUAAACGAGUACCGGCCACAUCAAGCCAGGGAGACGCUGAGGGUGAUGAUGGAGGUGCAGAAGAGACAGAGGCUGGAAACGGCAGAGCGGUUCCAGAAACACCUGGAGAGGGUGGUGGAGAUGAUCCAGGGGUGUCUCGCCUCCUUACCCGACGACCUCCCUCAGAUGGAGGAUCCAGAUGUUUGUGACGGGAGAGAAAAGAGCGCGUCUGCUGGACCUAGUGUCAGUUGUUCCUCCGGGCAAGCCUUGAGGCUGAAAACAGAACCCAUGGAUGUGGAGGAAGCAGGCGCCAGCUGCAUGGCUGCAAGUCAUCAGGACAAGAAUAAUUCUGGCUCAAAGAGGGACAAAAUAUGGGACAAGGAUGCUGCCAUGUGCAGUAUUACUGAUGAAAUAGCUUAGUUCUUUAGUUUUUGUAAUUUUUUUUGUACUAAAAUGGUGAUUUUUGUAUGCUGUACUACAUAUUGUUAAACUUGCAGUGUUUUCUGAGGGCUAAGAUCCUUAUAGCACUGGACAGUGUUUUAUGUAAAUAUUUGAAUAUGGCUAAUCAAAGAAUUGAAAUACUUUAUUUUGCCCGUCUCCACAGAACCCAAUAAAGACAUUUCCAAUUGCAAUAGGAAUUCAGUGCUAUGCAAGUUUUCAUUUAUCUCUUUGAAUGUCUCAUGUUAAAUUCCAUGUGAACUUUACUUUAUGUAUUUAUUUACCAUUUAAUCACCACCUCCACCUCCAGCUGACUGUAUAGUCUAAUAAGACGUAAGAAAGAUCAGACAGUGUCUCAAUUUCGAUAACACGUGUCUUGUUUUAUAGGUUAAUCAUUGCAUUUCCAUUUCUUUAGGAUCUUAGUGAUUCCAGGAAACCAUGUUCGAAGCUUCUUUAAAUGUGCAUGCUCUCAGAUUCGUGGGUGGAGAAUGUGAAUAAUAAGGUGCACUGUCUUCUUUGAUAAUAGUCACUUAGACGCGAAGCAUAGUGCCGCAAGUUCCUUAUUGCUUUAGUUCAAAAAGAUUGAUUUAUUGAGGUUAUGCAAGCAACACUUAUUGCAAUGUUUUUUUGUCGAAUAAACACAUUCCAUCGUUGUUACAAAAAGAAAAACCGGUGGCCCUUUAAGGCGUUUAAAUGAAUAGUAGAUACUGUAGAUGUAAUAUAGAUCUUGUAUUUAAAAUGAACCAGAGCAAUG